UGUUCUGGCUGUUGGCAGUUCUGUGUUCCAUGCCAUGUUUUAUGGAGAGCUGGCGGAAAACAAGGAUGAAAUCCGAAUUCCGGACGUGGAGCCUGCAGCAUUCCUGGCCAUGUUGAAGUACAUCUACUGUGAUGAGAUAGACCUGAGUGCUGAUACAGUGCUGGCCACGCUCUACGCUGCUAAGAAGUACAUCGUGCCUCACCUGGCCAGAGCCUGUGUUAACUUCCUGGAGACCAGCCUGUCAGCUAAGAAUGCCUGCGUCRUGCUGUCACAGAGCUGUCUGUUCGAGGAGCCCGAACUCACACAACGCUGCUGGGAGGUGAUUGACGCCCAGGCAGAGCUGGCCCUGCGGUCGGAGGGUUUCACUGACAUCGACUCCCAGACACUAGAGAGUAUCCUCCAGAGAGAGACCCUCAACGCCAAGGAGGAGGUGGUGUUUGAGGCAGCUCUGAGCUGGGCAGAGGCAGAGUGUCAGAGACAGGACCUCACCACCUCCAUAGACAACAAGAGAAAGGUUCUGGGCAAGGCCGUUUUCCUGAUCCGCAUCCCCACCAUGGCAUUGGACGACUUCGCCAAUGGUGCCGCCCAGUCGGGCGUCCUGACUCUGAAUGAGACCAACGACAUCUUCCUGUGGUACACCGCUGCCAAGAAACCGGACCUCCAGUUCGCCAGCCAGCCACGGAAGGGGUUAUCUCCGCAACGCUGCCACCGGUUCCAAUCCUGCGCCUACCGCAGCAACCAAUGGCGAUACCGAGGGCGAUGCGACAGCAUCCAGUUCGCCGUUGACAAACGCGUCUUCAUCGCCGGGUUCGGACUCUACGGCUCCAGCUGCGGUUCUGCAGAGUACUCAGCUAAGAUCGAGCUCAAACGCCAAGGCAUUCUCCUCGGACAUAACCUGAGUAAAUACUUCUCUGACGGUUCUAGUAACACGUUCCCUGUGUGGUUUGAGUACCCCGUGCAGAUAGAACCCGAUACGUUCUACACGGCUUCUGUAGUUUUGGAUGGGAACGAGUUGAGUUACUUUGGUCAGGAAGGAAUGACAGAGGUGCAGUGUGGGAAGGUGACGUUCCAAUUCCAGUGUUCGUCAGACAGCACCAAUGGGACAGGAGUGCAGGGGGGUCAGAUACCUGAACUCAUUUUCUACGCCUAAAGGAACACAAUGAAAUGGAUUUUUACCAUUACUGACUUUAGUGAAGUAGAGUAAAAAGUUGCCCCAAGUUGCUGAUGUUGGAUCAGUUUUACAUUUGCCCCACUAGUAGUUAAGGUUAYGAUUAGGGUAGGGGAAACUGAUCCAAGAUUUGUACCUAGAGGAAACGUCAUCCCGGAGUGACUUUGAUGCCCAUGGAGAUGUGUGUGUUUUUACAGCACUUAUUACUGACUUUGGUUUGAUGGGUGAAACAUGUCCAUUGCGAGGACUGAUUGAGAAUGGAUUGAUCUAGAUGGCACUUACUUUGCAAGUGAUGGCUGUCAUCAUAGCGAUGUGAUAUUAUCCCAUUGCUGACUUUGAUGGAUCAUUUCCCUGUACGUUAUAUAAAUAUUAUUUGUUUUCUCUCUUUCUUUGUAUACGGAAUUUUGGAAUUUGACAAUUCAUGAUUGAGGAUUCCCAGCAAACAGGGGACYUCCUGAGGACAUUUCCAUUAGGUCCCUUAAGGGUUUAGGCGCAACGUUAUCUCACAGACGCUCUGAGAACAUUCUAAGAACAUCGCAUGAUGGUCCCAAUGGAACGUUCACUGGGGGACCUUUUUCUAGUUGCCCGUUUGUCCCGGGGAUGUUUUUAGGACGUUGUGUCAUGGUCCUCUGGAGGUUUUUGUCUACUUCCCAAUUGUCACGGGGACGUCCCCGAGGACAUUUUAAAGACAUUCCUGGGACGUUGUGUCAUGGUCCCCUAGAGGGUUUUUGUCUACUUCCCAAUUGUCACGGAGACAUCCCCGAGGACAUUUUAAGGACAUUCCUGGGACGUUGUGUCAUGGUCCCCUAGAGGGUUUUUGUCACGUGAUGGAUUGACAUGAUCGUACUGACUUUUCAACAUGACCCCACCUAGAAGUUGAACCCACAAACGCUAGAUUUGCAGUAUACUGUGCCAAAAAGUCUGUAGAUUGUCAAAGUCAUUACCUAUAAUAUAUCUUCUCUGCGCUUAGAAAKAAGAGUGCCAACUGCACUGCUAUUUUAGCUAUCAGUUAAUCCGAAUAUUCUCUUAUCCUUGAUUUCAUUUACUUAUUUCAGAAAUUUGAGGGUUUUCAGUAUAGUMGUCUAAUGUUGGUGAGMCAUGCUGUAUUAUUCUGACACUCCUCAAUCACGAUGAUAAAUGUAAUACUUUUUUCCGAAAUGUACUUUGAAGAGCAAAGUGUAGGAAUACAGGUAUAAUCAGUCAUUGGCACAGYCAUGGUGGGGUAGCAGGACGAUUGCAAUGUGGUGAACCCAGAGGUUGUGUGUUCAAAGCCCAGGUGAGGACGUGUUGAAUAAUAAUUUCUGCAUGAAUAAACGUACACAACGUAAUAAAUCUAUGUCAAAGUGUGUUACAUAUGGAAGUUGAAACAAAUGUACGUUAAACAUACCUUUUUGUGUCCCUAAACGUUGCCAAAAAAAGUAUUCGUUGUAAAGGGAUCAGUUGAUCACCAAUCAGGAAUAGGCAAAAGUAACAAGGGUUGACGUGUAAUGGGGGGAGUGUGUCUUUCUGACUAUCAUGAACAAGCCGGGAACUAGACAAAACCUUCAGGGGACCAUGACGCAAAGUCCUGACCACUUUCUGGGGACCAUUUCAAGACGUCCUGAGGACCAUUUCAAGACGUUCCUGAGGACCAUUUCAAGAUGUCCU